AUGACCGGUAGUGGGGAGAGGGUGGAUUGGUGGAAGCUGUGCUAUGGCUUCAACUGUGGCGAGCCCUUCUCCCAGUGUGGCAUCUCGAAAUAUAGAUCAUUCGGCAACACAGCAACGGUCCGGCGGGGCAUUCUGAACGUUUACUGCGAUACGCUAUGCAGAGAUACCACCCCGUUCCCCCCACGUACACACACCGAUAUCCCCACAAAUAACUCCGACACAGGUCAUAAUUUACACCCACUAACGUACUACUUGCGUAACCCGGCAUUGAAAAGCGGCCGUACCCCACACACAACCUCCUCGGAACCCAAAUCAUUCACUUCGAACUCACAUCCACCAGCUAGACGAAGGUUAGGUACAGCGAGCGGGGUUACGUCGGACAUCCUUGGGAACCUGAGAGCGCGGUAUGAGCUGGAUCAGACGCACUGGUUCAUAUCAUGUCAUCUACGUAGGAUGUUCUGUACACAGCCACCGGUGUUUGUGGGGUAUAGAGAUGUAGCCUAG